UGCCACGUUUGCGCCUCGUCUCAUUAGAACGAAAAUUUUCUCAGCACAUUCGAAUCGGAUUUAAAAAUAAUCGCGAAUGGCAAAACCGAUUAAAUCGGUAAAAUUUUGAGAGAUAUUAUUUUUAUUCAACCAGCCUGAUAAGUAAAACAAGUCCUAAAAUCACAUUUUAAAGUUUCCGGAGAGUAUCGUCGAGAAAAGUAGCGGUCGCUAAAACACACCUCUCGGUUGAAGAAUUGCAAUGGCUUCCGGUUCAAUCGAUUCCGGCUGGAAUACCAAACAGUGCCUAUCGCUCCCAUGCAAAACCAAAGCGGAGCGGAAGGAAUUUACGGAUGACGCAUCGUGCCCGAUCGUCCCCGAUGAAGCCACCAAGCAAAAGAUCAAACUCCGUCACCAUGUUGGUAUCUUCCGGGGCGACAAGCGGCGGGACUAUAGCAAAUGGCGAAACCGUUUGCUGUCGCACCUGGAACGGCUCGGCUUAACGUUUACGUUGCAGCGGACGCCGCCGGAAGAGCCGUGUCCUGCCGGACUCGAUCAGGUUGAACGUGAGGCCUGGUAUCAGACUCGCUGCGAACACGACUGUGAUGCCAUCGAGGAGUUCUGUAUGUCGGUGGAGGGGGAGGCCCUGGAGAAGAUUGGACACUGUACAUACGCUAAGGAGGUGCUGAAUGCGUUGGAUGAGUGUUAUCUCAAGAGUGUUCAUUGGAAGCACCAAGGUAAUAGAAAAGUUAAAUGAGGGAAUAGGGACAAAAAGUGAAAUCAGCUGCUAAUUUGGAAUCAUUCUUGUUGAUUUUUAUUGUAAUUUUGAAACUUUUUUUUACGAAACUUGAAUUGAGUUUUCUUUGUAAUUAUUUUUAUCUUGUUAAACGUUUUAUAACUACUAAAUAAACAAUGAAUAUAUUUGUUGAACGUUUUAUUGUCCAUAA